AUGAACCUCGACAUCAGCUCCAUCCUGACCACGGCCAGGCAGGGAACACCUACCAAAGAUGACCUGAUGGCAGUGCUUACUCCAUGCCUUUCAGAUUGGUCCAACCAUCCACGCUAUGCCACUGCGACCCUGAGCGCCUUGGGCAAGAAACGACGUCCUGACCUGGUGGAACUGGUGCUGGAAUGUAUGGAAGAUGCCAGGGUGGAAGCCAAUGUGUACCACUAUAGCGUCGCCAUCACUGCCAGCGAAAAAGCUGCCGACUGGGCCAGGGCUUUGCAGCUAUUGGGCACCAUGCAGCAGUUACAGGUCGAAGCCAAUGAGUACAGCUACAGCGCUGCCAUCAGUGCGGCUGAGAAAGGUGGCCAAUGGCAGCUAGCCCUUCAGCUGCUGAGCUCCAUGCAGCAGCAGCUGCUGCUCCCCAACGAGGUCACCUACGGCGCCAGCAUCAGCGCCUGCGCCAAGGGCAGCGAUUGGACGCAGGCGCUGCAGCUCUUGGUGGAGUUGAUGGAUGGAAAGCUGCAGUUGAAUGUGAUUGCCACCAGUUCUGCCAUCACCGCCUGCGAAAAGGCAAACCAGUGGCAGGGUGCCAUUGGACUGUUGGAAAUUAUGUUUCAGAAGGAAGUGCCUGCAGAUACGAUCAGUUUCAGUUCGGUCAUCAGCGCCUGUGAGAAAAGAGGAUUCUGGGAAUUGGCCCUCAGUCUUCUGAAUGACAUGCGGAGCACUUCGCUGACACCGGAUGCUGGGAGUUUCAAUGCCGGGAUCAGUGCAUGUGCAGCUGGAGGCCAGUGGCGCAUUGCCUGCGACCUUUUGGGUGCCAUGCCUGAAGUGGAGGCCACCCCAGACAUGAUCAGUUUUAGUGCAGCAAUAGUCGCAUGUGACAAGUGCGAGAAGUGGACCUUGGCGUUGUGCUUGUUGAAGGACAGCCUUGCUGCUUCUAUCCUUCCAGACACCGUGUUGUUCAACUCCGUGCUCCACAGCUUGGAAACCACUGGAAACUGGCGACUUUCCUUGGCUAUACUGAGGGAGAUGCCUGGUCGAAAGGUGCCGGUGAACGAGUUGAGUUAUCGCGCGACCAUGGGCGCCUGCCGUCAGUGGCCGCUGGCCAUGGCUUUGUGGCAGGAGAUGUGUGGGGUCACCUCUCCUUCGGCUAUCUCAGCCAGCAGCUGCAUCCUGAUCUGUGCCAGGCAAGGGGCAUGGCAAGCUGCGGUGCUGCUGUUGCAGCAGAUGUUGGAAAAGAUCGGAUUUCCGGAAGGUCCCAGUGCCUUUGAUGCUUUGAUCCAUGCCUGUGACCGGGAGGGUAGCUGCCACGUGGCCACUCAGCUAAUGGCCGAGUGGGGCCAACAAGUCACAGCCUUGCUGGGCUCUACAGGAGACCGCCCUGGGCUUUUCGGAUGUGGCACAACUGGGUCCCCGCCCUGA